AUGGAAGUAGAGAAUUCAGAAGAAGAUGCCACGGACACGCCUCCCAAGGCCAGGACGGUCAUACAGAGUGUUGAACUUGUUGACAAACUGGUUCAUGGAAUGACAGGUGGUCGUCAUCACACCGAGAUAAGCCAUCAGGCAAGAGAGACUCACAUCAGUGUGACGGCCACUGGGGUUCAAUUUAAGGAAGAUGGGGCUUUCAUUGAGCUCACAGAUUUGCUUGUGUACACCACUCCAUUCCCCCAAAGUGGGAGCUCCGGCAUCACUGUUUGGUUCCCUUUCGGCCAGCCCAACGUGGUUGUCUGCACGUGGUCUUCGUCUAUCAUGGAUGGUGCUCCGAACUUCGUUUUGAAUUGGCGGGCGUCUCGCAGUUUCACCAGCAACAGAGGUCACGGAGGAUGGGGGAAUCAGACACAUCGUCACCUAAACUUACAUCCUAUGAGCAAACCAUGGAUGACAGAGGAAAUCAGAGAGGAAAUGAGGAAAAAGAGGGAGUUGCAAGAUGCAUUGAAGAGCUGUGGAGAGGAGAGUGGGUCUUCUAUCCUUUAUGAGUUUCGUGAACAAAGGAAGAAAGUCAACCAUCUCCUUCAAAAGGCUGAAGCUGAGUGGAUGCUACAAAAUCCUAAACAGGCAGAAGUGUUGCUUUUAAGUGAGAGGGGUAAGGGAGGGAGAGGGGACUCCAUCAAGCCUUAUGGAUGUGAUUCAUGUGACCGCCACUAUCGCACAAAGGCUGAGUUGGAAUCUCAUCUGAAGGAGCAUGUCAAGUGUCCCUGGCCUGGUGGUUGUCCCCUUGUUGCCCACCCAAAGAUUCUGGAGAAGCACAUAAUGAAUCAGCAUAUGACUGGAUUGGCUGAGAAAUUGACUGCCCUCAACACCCCUGAAGAGAUUUCACUAUGGCGUUCAGAAAGGAAAAAGUGGGCCUCCUUGCCUGAGGGUGGGGAAGAGGACGGAUGCAAGAGGGAAGAGGAAGAGGAGGGAUGCAUGAAGGAAGAGGAAGAGGAGGGAUGCAUGAAGGAAGAGGAAGAGGAAGGAUGCAUGAAGGAAGAGGAAGUGGAGGGAUGCAUGAAGGAAGAGGAAGAGGAAGGAUGCAUGAAGGAAGAGGAAGUGGAGGGAUGCAUGAAGGAAGAGGAAGAGGAGGGAUGCAUGAAGGAAGAGGAAGUGGAGGGAUGCAUGAAGGAAGAGGAAGAGGAGGGAUGCAUGAAGGAAGAGGAAGAGGAGGGAUGCAUGAAGGAAGAGGAAGAGGAGGGGGGGAGAGGAAGAGGAUUUCUAACAGGGGAUCCAGAAGGGGCACCAGUGGGAGAAAGAGAGUUCCAGUACAUGAAGAGAGAUAAUGAAAGAGAUGAUGAUGAAGAGGACCCUGACAGUCACAUUGAUCUAGUACCUUUCAGGGGAACUUUGGGCAUGGUCCUGGGUGAUACAGAUCCAAAGCUUAGGGAGUUGUUUUUGGUGGAAGACAGGACUGAGGAUAGGAAUGAGAAGACUGAAGUCUCACUUGAGCAACAACCUGAGAGCGAGAUCACAGACUCAGAAUGGGAGGAUGGGGAAGUUCGUGAUGAUGGAAACAAGAAUGGGAGAAUGCCCUCCUCCUUGCAGACCCUCAUGGGAGCCUAUGCAUCUUCCUCUCCUUCCCCUCCUCCUACUCCUACUCCUCUUGAUUCCAAGUCCUCUCUUGCCUCAGAGAAGAACCAAAGUAACUUGCACAAGGCAAAAGAUGGAGAAGUUGAGAGCCAUGUGCCUGAACGAAGCCAAGGGAGGAGGAGGUGGGGAAACAAUAGGCGCAAGAGACAGAGAAGAAAUUCCACUCAUGAAGAAAGUCUAAAAAAGAAACCCAGAUUCAUCCCCAGGCGGAGAACCACUCUUCUUGAGAAGAAAAAGGUAACAUUCCUUCAGAUCUUUCGCCUGGAGUACAAGACUUAA